AUGGAAGAAACAUAAAACUCUAAAUUUGUUCUCUGUUUUUGUUUUUUCUCUUCAAUGGCGGGUUCCUCAGGUUCAAUGGAAGAUAUGAAGAAAGUGUUCAACAAAUUCGACAAAAACGGCGACGGGAAAAUCUCUCGCGACGAACUGAAAUCGAUCCUAAGUGCCUUAAGCUCCACACCUUCUUCCGAAGAAGUUGAUCGGAUAAUGUCGGAGAUGGACAAAGAUGGAAAUGGCUAUGUAGAUCUAGACGAGUUCAUUGCUUUCCACGGAACAAACAUCAAUGGCGACGAAACCCAGUGUGGGAACAAAGAACUGAAAGAUGCGUUCGACAUGUACGAUUUGGACAAGAAUGGUUUGAUUUCGGCAAACGAAUUGCAUGCCGUGUUGAAAAGGUUGGGAGAGAAGUGUUCGUUGAGUGAUUGUCGAAGAAUGAUCAGUCAAGUUGAUAAAGAUGGCGACGGGAACGUUAAUUUCGAAGAGUUUAAGAAGAUGAUGAACAAUGCAUGAAGAACAAGUUUCCAAAAUACCAGGUAAGUGUUAGGGUUUUUCUUUUUAGGUAACUGAAUUUGUUUAGUUUAGGAACGUUAAUGAAUAAUAGUAGAUUUAAUCUGGUAGUGUUAAUUGUGGAUAUUAUUAGUACUUACUUUGCAUUGUUUUCUUAAUGGAAAUGGUAAUUAGUUCUUUUUUGUUGUUGUGAUUUUUUUAAUUUUUGGAUUUAUGUUUAUUUUAUAUAAAAAAAUUAUUAUUUCAU